AAGUUUUCACCAAUCCAAUGUGUCGACGUCAAGGUUGCUUAUAACUAGCGUUUGAGCUUCAGACCAGCAUGGGCGUCCUAGUACUUCCUGUCUGAAAAACCCGAAAGAAAGAUCAGAGAAAGAAGCUAGCGAUGGCCUGGAUCAGACCUCAUUCCCUGAUCCUGGCUCUUUUGCUGGCGAACGUCAUUUGCUUCCAGGGAAAAGCCGACGACGACGGCGAGGAUUCUCUCAGGCUCGGAGCUUCGUUCAUCUUUGGCGACUCGUUAGUCGAUGCCGGAAACAACAAUUAUCUGCCGACUCUGUCUCGUGCGAAUAUACGUCCGAACGGGAUCGAUUUCACGGCUUCGGGAGGGUUGCCGACCGGGAGGUACACUAAUGGGAAGACAAUUGGAGACAUCGUGGGAGAACUACUGGGACAAGCACAUUAUGCGGUACCCUUUUUGGCUCCGAACACGACUGGGAAAGCAAUACUGACCGGAGUGAAUUACGCAUCCGGCGGAGGAGGCAUUCUGAAUGCAACCGGAAGAAUUUUCGUCAAUAGGCUGAGCAUGGACAUCCAAGUGGACUACUUCAACAUCACAAGACAACAGAUUGAUAAGCUGCUAGGCCCAUCAAAGGCCAAGGAGUUCAUAACGAGGAAAUCCAUCUUCUCCGUCACGAUCGGAGCAAACGAUUUCCUCAACAAUUACAUGCUUCCGGUUCUCUCCAUCGGUGCCCGGAUCUCCGAGACCCCCGACGCCUUCAUAGAUGACAUGAUCAACCACUUGCAAGACCAGCUUACGAGGCUUUAUAAGCUGGACGCUAGGAAGUUUGUGCUCGCGAACGUCGGCCCGAUCGGGUGCAUUCCGUACCAGAAGACGAUAAAUCGGCUGAACCCCGAUGAAUGCGUCGACUUGCCAAACAAACUCGCGAAGCAGUACAACGGAAGGUUGACGGAUUUGCUGGCCGAGCUCACCAACAAACUCCCAGGAUCCACUUUUGUCCAUGCCAAUGUCUACGACAUGGUCAUGGAAGUCAUCACCAACUAUGACAAAUACGGAUUUACGACAGCGAACAAGGCAUGUUGCGGAAACGGAGGCCAAUUUGCCGGCAUAAUACCGUGCGGUCCGACCUCUAGCAUGUGCUCAGAUCGGUCGAAGCACGUGUUUUGGGACCCGUACCACCCUAGCGAGGCCGCGAACAUCUUACUUGCCAAGCAGGUGGUCGACGGCGACGGCCGUUACGUCGAUCCCAUGAAUCUCGGAAAACUCCGAGAUGUUUGAUCCUAAUUGUCGGCAAUUCGAUCUGCCGCCGACCGUCGCUCGUGCAUUUACACGGACGGCAUUGCUUCUUUGUCGCCCCGUUUGGAAGUUUCAACAUAGAUAAAGGACAUCUAGUUUUGUUUCUAUCUUUACAUCUGUGGUUCGAUGCUCAUGUUGUGUAUUUUCCAAUUAGCUACGUAGACAUGUUGCCUCGUGCGAAUCUUGAAUUGGUCGAAACAAAU